AUGAGUCGAUUUCUAAGGACUAUAAUAUAUAACAAGGUUAUAAAACCGCUACCAAAUAUAGAUAAUGUAUAUCAUCAGAAAAUGAUGUCUAAUUUGUAUUUGAAAUUUAAUAAUGAAAUUGGUGAAUAUACCUUUACACUUUUUCUAAAAACAAAAGAUUACAAUGUACUGAAUGAAAUUAAAGAUAUAGAUAUUGAUUUAAAGGAUACUUUUGAUACUGUUACAAUUAACAAUACUAUUGCAUGUUUCACUAUAUCAAGAGAUAGAUAUGUUAAGACAAUUUUAGAAAACAAUGUUUCUGGUGUUAUGCCACCAUUACUUGUAGAUAAUAACAAAAAUAUUGUAGUAGAAUUUAGUUCAUUAAAUAUUGCUAAACCUUUUCAUAUGGGACAUCUACGGUCUACAAUUAUAGGAAACUGCAUUGCUAAUAUAAAUAGUUUUUUACAAAAUCAGGUUACAAAAAUUAAUUAUUUAGGAGAUUGGGGUACACAGUUUGGUUGCAUUUAUUUAGGACUACAAUUAAAUUCCAUUGAUAUAAAAAUGGAAAAAGAUCCUAUUGAAACAUUGUAUAAGGUUUAUGUUAAAACAAAUAGCUUGAUUGAAGAAAAGCCAGAAGUACAAAAUAUUGCUAUGAAAUUCUUUAGAAAAUUAGAAUUGGAAGGGGACAAUAUAAUUUAUGAAAAUUGGCAAACAAUUAAACAUAUUACUGUUCAAGAAUUGGAGAAAACCUAUAAAAGACUAGGUAUAAGUUUUGAUCGGUAUGACUGGGAAUCUAUGUAUACUGUUAAAAAUAUGACAAGUAUAAUUAAUAGAAUGAAAGAAAUGAACUUGAUUACAUUAGAUGGAAAUAAAAGGACAAUGGUACGUGUAAACAAGAACAAGCAUGUUCCAAUUCUGAAAAGUGAUGGUACAAGUUUAUAUAUAAGUCGAGACAUUGCUGCUGCUAUUGACAGAUAUGAGAGAAAUAAAUUUGAUGCUAUGUAUUAUGUUGUGGAUAUUUCACAGAGUGCUCAUUUUAUUAGUUUAAUCGAAAUUUUAAAUGCAAUGGAAUUACCUUGGGCAAAUAGAUUGAAACAUGUUGCAUUUGCAAAAUUGUGCGGUAUGAGUACAAGAAAGGGUAAAGUUAUAUUUUUAAAAGAUGUUUUGAAUAAUGCAAAGAAAUGUAUGAAAAGCAAACAGUUGCUUACAAGCACCACUAAAGUUGAUUCGAGCGAUAUAGAUAAGACUGCUGAUAUUUUGGCUACCUCUGGUGUAAUUAUUCAAGAUCUAAAACAAAAUAAACUGAAUAGUUACUCAUAUGAUUUACAGUCAAUGUUUCAAAUUAAUGGCGAUUGUGGUACGAAAUUGCAAUAUACUCACUGUCGUUUAUGCAGUUUAAAAAAUUUAUGCAAUAAUGAAUUAGUAACAGAAUGUGAUCCAAGCCUUUUAAAGGAACCAGCUGUUGAUCUUUUAAUUACAAUGAUUAGUCAAUUCGAUGAAGUUGUGCUUAAAUGUUAUGAACAAUUAGAACCAUGUAUAUUAACAAUUUAUCUUUUUAAGUUAUGCAAAGUUAUCAAUAAUGCUUUUAAUAAAUUGAAUAUAAAUAAAGCAGAACGUGACAUAGGAAAUCAAAGAUUAUUAUUAUUUUAUGUAGCAAAGUGUGUUCUUGCUCAAGGUAUGAAAUUACUUGGUUUAAUACCUCUAAAAAAAAUGUAA